AUGGGGAACAAACAGGCCAAGCAAACGCCUCCUUCAUCGAGCGUCUUGCGCAAUAAUCCGUCCACUGGACCUGCUUCAACGACGUCUCUUCGUCCAUCCCCCAAUUCAUCAACAACUCUUGCUCCUUCUAGUACUCGCACCUCGUCGGUGCCCUCUCCAAUGCCUACGCCCUCGUUAUUAGAGACCAAAUUGGCCGAAGCAGACGUUUCGGCCGUUUUUUCGCAGUACGAAAUGCUGUCGAUUCGUAAACAUUUGGCAGCAGUUUUAUGUCAACACGAGAAUGACGCGGUCGUGAUUCCAAAAGACGAAUUCUUUCGGUUCUUGGCAGGCGGCGAUGGCAGCACUUCAAGUCUUUAUGUAAAGCGUUUGUAUGCGAUCUUUGAUAUGGACAAGAAAGGACAUGUGACCUUUGAGGAUCUGAUGAAAGGCCUGUCGCUUCUGAGUCAGAAAGCGACGCGUGAACAAAAACUCAUGCUGUCGUUCUAUUUACUAGACCCUGAAGGCACGGGCUUUAUCACGAAAAAAAUGACGACCGAGUUAUUGCACUCGUGUCUUGAUGAAUGUGAUGAGUUGGAGAUUUCUCUGUCUGAGACUCAACUGGCUCAUAUUGUGGACAACACUUUCCUUGAUGCCGACUUGGACCACAAUGGAGUUAUUGAUCUCAACGAGUAUCAGGCUCUGGAUGCAAAGCACCCGGGAUUGUUUGACUUUCUCACGGUGGAUGCUUUCGGCGUGCUUAGUCACCUUGAAAAAGUUCACUCGAUGAGCAUCACGGUUCCUCAGUAA